GCCACCAAGUUUCCCAGCUGCCCAGGGGGACCCAGUGUCUUCGCCUCGCUGUUCCAGCUGGCAGCAUGGGUGCCCACCACAGCUCAGAGGCUGGGCCAGGCCUUGCAGCCCCUUGUUGAGGGUCCUGAGCAGGUGCGCCGUCAGGCGAGGGAGCAGGCCUGCGCUUCCGUGCUGCCCUCCGGCUGCUUCGAUGGGUGGAAGAGCUCCUCUGCUCUUCCUGGGAGCCAGCACCGGCUCCUCUGUGUUUGCUGCUAGGGGGAGACAGCUGGAUACAUAAGGCUAUGGCCAUUAAAAAGGGAUCCUGGUUAUAUCGCGAAGAUGUUGAAAAAACCUGUGCCAUGCAAGUUGUCAGUAUUUAAUUGUCUUUUUAACAUGAAAAAGGGCAUUAGUGCAGACUAGCUCCCACAGGGGGUAUUUAGAACCUAAAAUGGCAGCAUCCCUUCCCUCUCAGUAUUGUUCUUGGUUUUAUGGUUUUGAUUUCAUUGUUUUCUGUUAUUCACUAUCUAUUUCUCUUAACUCAUGGUAUGGGGCUGACUUUAUUGCCAAAAUAAAACCUCUUGGGGGUUUUUCUUAUUAGGGACUUUCUUUUCUUUGUUAGAUGCUUUUUUUCCUAUUAAUGUUAUGUAAGAUUAGAUACAAUAUUUUGCUGCUCAUUCUUACAGGGUGAUUCAUUUUCCAAUUCUGUUUUGCCUGGUGGCUGAGCUUGCAAGUAUUACUUGCUCUUAGUGGGAUUUCUUACUAAAGUAAUCCCUGCUCUGUAGAUUAUAAGUGGACAGGAACAAGCCAGCUUCCAGGAAGGUGGGAAGGGAGGAGAGAAAGAAAUGUAUCAAUUCCAGGGGAGGGCAGAUUUCUACUCCACCACUUAAAAAUGUCUAAAGGAACUUACUGCACUAGACUAAGAGUUUCACACCCCAAAGGUGGUAAACAUGGCUGAGGACAAAAAAGCCUUUGUUGAUGAGAUAAAUAAAGCGUUGGCAAAGUCUGAAGGGCUUACCUUGAAGGAUCUGCUGUUCUCCUACUGGGGGACCCCAUAUUCUGCCACAAUGUGCAGUGCGGAAAUGUUCCAAGCCCUGGAGAACCUGGAAGCCAGAAGAGAUGAUAUGCUGCUGGUGUCCUACCCCAAAUGCGGUGUGAACUGGUUUAUCCAGAUUAUAAGUGAUUUGAUAUUUACAACUAUCCAGAGUAAACCUGUAAGCACAGAACUACCAUUUAUUGAAAUUGGAGAUCCAGAUAAAUAUCAGAGGAUGAAGCAGAUUCCAUCUCCAAGGAUUUUGGCAACACAUCUGAAUUAUGAUUGCUUCCCCAAGUCUAUUUUCAAGAACAAAGCCAAGAUACUAGUGCUGUUUCAAAACCCUAAAGAUACAGCUGUUUCAUUUUUGCAUUUCCACAACAGUGUGCCAAGAGUCCCCAGUUACAGCUCCUGGGAUGAGUUCUUCUCAGAGUUCAUGAAUGGGAAAGUUGUCUGGGGAUCCUGUUUUGAUCAUGCAGUCACCUGGAACAAACACAUUGAGGAUGAGAAUACUAUGAUCAUAAUAUAUGAAGACCUGAAAGAGAACCUGACUGCCAGUGUAAAGCAGAUAGCUGAAUUCUUUGGAUUCUUCCCAACGGCAGAGCAGAUCCAGUCCAUUGCAGACAGGGACACUUUCCAGGCAGUGGAGGAUAAGGCUGAGGAGACUCAUGGUGCUGUUGGCUCAAUUCUUUCCGCAAAGGUGUUGUUGGAGACUGGAAAAAUCUUUUCACUGAAGCUCAGAACAAGGAAAUGGAUGCCAAAUUCAAAGUGUGCUGAGAAGGAUUUAAGCUGGGAGCAAAGUUAAAAUAUGAUGUGUACUGCAGGGACUGAACUUCCUUUACAGAAAAAGCUCAUGUUCAGGCUGCUUUUCAUUCAAUUCUAUGAAAUAAAACAGAAACCAGGACAAUAUCUGAUUUAAAAACUUUGAAAAUCCAUGCAUUUUGCAAACCUGUUUCUGCUGUCUUAACUUCCACAAGCAAUCCUUGCUCAUGCAGUUAGUAUCAUUGACUUCACUGGAUUCUCAUAAAUGACCUGUAGUUCUUUGGCCUUACCUGGUUUUUAACAUGGAUUUUUAGCUAUGAUUUCAUGUUACCUGGUAGAAUCUCGUGUGGAAUAUAUAUGCAGUAGUUAAACCUGCUGAAAUCACUGGAAAUGUUGGAAGUGAUUUUCCAAGAGAUUUUUUUAAAACAGUCAUGAAGUGUCAUGUAGAUUGUUAAAUUUCUAAGUUCAUAGUAUUCAUGUAUAAUUUUAAUUUCUAAAUUCAUAGUAUAAAAUGAAUUUUCAAAAGGUCUUGUAGUUGUCUUUUGCUACUUUCUGUGUGCUGAUAAACGUGAGA